CCAGGGACAAUAAACUCUCUCUCACACACACACACACAGAGAGUCAACACACAAUAGUUGGUCAACGCAAGAAAAAAAAGACAUAAGUCACCAUCACCAAUUUCCUUUGGCUUAACAAGAAAAAGUAAUUAACAACACCCAAUCAAAAUCAAUCAAAAACCCCAACCAAUAAUGAUUCCCCAAAUCAACUCUUCUCACAACAUCCAAAUUCCAACACCACCACAAAAAACCCAUUCCUCCUCAAUUCACCCCCAAAAUCCUCCCUCCACCGCCUCCGCCGCAUGGCCGCCGCCGCCGUCUUCAUCUUUUUCUGGGCAGCACUCUUCCCCAUCCCCGCACUUUCCGGUCCGAUUUCCGAGCACUCCAUAACCCCCGAAUUCACAGCUUCCUACUUCCACUUCAUAGACAACUCCGGCGCGUUCUUGUCAUCUCCGAACAAUUCCUUCCAGGCCCGAAUAGCCAACCCGAAGCCCGAAUCCGGAUCUUUCUACUUCGUCGUUGCCCACGUUUCCUCCAACGCGAUCAUCUGGUCGGCCAAUCGCAACCGGCCCAUCUCGCAAUCUUCUCAACUCCGGUUCACGGCGGCCGGCCUCACCCUGUACAACGACACCGGCCAUCCAAUUUGGUCAACGCCUGAAAAACUGCCGUCGGUUUCUUCUAUGCGUCUUCUCGAAUCGGGGAAUUUAGUCCUGCUUGACAUCGCGAACGACACCGUCUGGGGAAGUUUUGAUUCUCCGACCGAUGUACUCGUCGCGGGGCAGAAAUUACCCGCCGGAAAAUCGCUGGUCUCGUCGGUAAACGACGACGAUCUGUCGGAAGGCAGCUACAGGCUGGUCGUCGGAGGAAACGACGCCGUUCUGCAGUGGAAUCUGAUGAACUACUGGAAGCUGUCGAUGGACAAAAGGGCUUUUCGGGACACGAAUUCCAAGGUUGACUACAUGGUCAUGAAUUUCACCGGGCUGUAUUUGAUCGGCGAAGCGGUCGUGAUCAAGAUCACCUUCCCCGAUUCGUCGAAUUCUUCGGAUUUCAAGAUCGUUAAACUGCAUCGCGACGGUGCGCUAAGUGUAAUGAGUUUCAAUCCGAACGACGGGUCAAACAAGCCCGAGUUCACCGGACCGCCCGAUCGCUGUGAAAUUCCGUACAUCUGCCAGCGCCUCGGCGUUUGUACCAACGGCGGCUAUUGUCAGUGUGCGCCGGCGUUUCGCUCCGAUCCCAAAACGAACGCCGGCGGAGAUUGCUCGCCGACCGAUGAUUCCCUCUCGCUACCGGCUCGCUGUAAUGAUUCUUCAUCAUCAUCAUCAUCAGAAGCCGUCAAGUAUUUGAAUUUGAGGAACGAUUUGGAUUACUUCUCCAAUGAUUUCACCGACCCAAUUAUCCACGAUGCGACGCUCUCGACGUGUCAGAAUCUCUGUUCGAAGAAUUGCUCUUGUCUCGGUGUUUUCCACAGCCACAGCUUUGGUUCGUGUCACAUGAUUAUGAACUAUUUCGGUUCCGUUCUAAUCAAAUCGAGCUUGAACGAUCGCUUGGGAUACGUCAAAGCAAUAGCGGUCGAGAAUAAUAUUCCAAACGGUUAUUUGGACAACAACAAGAGCUCCGAUUUCCCUAUAUUCGCCUCCGUUUUAUUGCCUUCGUCGGGGGUCGUAAUAAUCAUCCUCGUCGCAACUUUCAUAUUGUUCCGAAGGAGGCAGAAAAGGCUGCAAAAAUACGCGAAUUCGAAGUUGGGCCGAGGCAAUUCCUCGUCUUCCACCGAUGGGGACAUCGAUUAUUUCGUAUUGAUCCCCGGUUUGCCGGUGAGGUUUGAUUACCAAGAACUAGUGGAAGCCACCGGAUCUUUCGGGACACAAAUCGGUUCGGGCGGAUUCGGGACGGUUUUCAAAGGGACCCUCAAGGACGGAACCGACGUGGCGGUGAAGAAGAUCACGUGCUUGGGGGCCCACGGUAAGAGGGAGUUCCUCACCGAGAUUGCCGUGAUUGGGAAGAUCCACCACGUCAAUCUCGUCAGGCUCAGAGGCUUCUGCGCUCACAGAGGGCAGAAGCUUCUGGUCUACGAGUACAUGAGACGCGGGUCGCUGGACCGGACUCUGUUCCACGGCGACCCCGUCCUGGAGUGGGGCGAGCGGUACGAGAUCGCGCUCGGUGCCGCAAAGGGGCUCGCGUACUUGCACACCGGGUGCGAGCACAAAGUCAUCCACUGCGACGUCAAGCCGGAGAAUAUUCUCCUCCACGAUAAGUCGCAGGUGAAGAUCUCCGAUUUUGGGCUCUCGAAGCUCCUAACCCCCGAGCAGUCAGGCCUUUUUACAACCAUGAGAGGUACUAGGGGUUACCUAGCGCCCGAGUGGCUAACGAGCUCGUCUAUUUCGGACAAGACGGAUGUAUACAGUUAUGGAAUGGUAUUGCUCGAGAUCAUAAGAGGGAAGAAAAACUCAUCACCUCAAUCACGCAAUAGUAAUAAUAAUAAUUCGGGAAGCGAUAGCAACGGGGGCAACGGCCCCCUUUCUUUGCCGUCCACGGGAGAGUCGGGGCUCGUCUAUUACCCGUUGUUUGCGUUGGAAAUGCACGAGGAGAGGAGGUAUCUGGAGCUAGUGGAUCCGAGAUUGAUGGGUCGGGUCGAGCGCGAUGAGGUGGAGAAACUCGUCCGGGUCGCACUCUGUUGUGUUCAAGAAGAGCCGAACUUGAGGCCUUCGAUGACUAGCGUGGUGGGGAUGCUGGAAGGGGCGGUGCCGCUAGGGGAGCCGAGGGUGGAGUCGUUGAAUUUCUUGAGGUUUUACGGGCGGAGAUUUACGGAGGAGUCGAGAUUGGAGCAGGAGAACAGUGAGCAGAAUGAGUUUAUGAUGAUGUACAGACAACCAAUGACUAACACUACAAGCUCUUGUGAUUCUUACUCCUAUAUGUCAUCACAGCAAGUCUCUGGUCCUAGAUAGCUUUUUUUUUUUUUUUUUUUUUUUUUUUUUUUUAAAUUUGUUUAUAAAUUCACAGAUCACAGGAUAGCAUCUUUUAGGAUAUUAGUUAUUGUUCUUUUUUUUUUUUUUUUUUUUUCCCUGGCUACAAGAAAUGGAGGAGGGAUAUUAUAGUAAUUGUUUUUUGUGCAAUUUGUAGAGUGAUUGUAACUAUAUCAGAAUUGUUAAUUUUUUUAUGUGCACAAUGAGACAACUUUGAGCACAAAUUGUUCGGCGCUGUGAUAAUAUUCGACACAUUAUUAUUUAUUAAGAUUCGAAUUUUCGUUUUCUCUGUCA